CAGCAGGACGCCGGGCGCGAAAAGAUUCCACUACUCGGAUUCACCGCCCGCCACUCGUUUGAAUCUCUCGGCGCCGGAAGCGUUUUUGAUUCCGCGGAGUUACACAAGCUCUCUCUCGCGAGAGCUGCAGUCUCGUGCGAAGAAGCCAGGAGGCUCCGCGCAGCGAGCGCACUUCCGGGGUCCUGUCGGCCGGCGUGCGGAGGUCCGCGGGUCUCCUGAGGGCCGAGCUUGGCGCCAUGUUCCUGAGCGCUCUCCUCCGCCGCAAUCGCAUUCCUGGCCGGCAGUGGAUCGGGAAGCACCGGCGGCCGCGGACCGUGUCUUUCCACGCGAAGCAGAACAUGCUGCGUCGCCUGGAGACGGAGGCGGAGAACCAUUACUGGCUGAGCACGCCCUACCUCACCGCGGAGCAGGAGUUCGGCCACGCCGCGGGCCGCAGGGCGGCGGCCUUCGAGGCCAUCAAGGCGGCCGGCGCGUCCCGGUUCCCCCUGCAUAGACGUGUCGUAGACCAGCUCAGCCACCUCAGUGUCACCAAGAAGUGGUCCUAGCCCUGAGUCUCCGCCGCUCGGUGCUGUGCGUCGCAGGCCGCCCUCCCUGCCUGAGCCUGGACUGGGAACCGGGCUGUCGCCCGCCCGCGCGGAGCGGGAGCACGCGCUGCGCCUGCAGAGGCUGUGUUUCUCGCUCUUCGCCCUGCCGGGAAGGCGCCCGCAGUUUUCUCGGUCGCACGCUGUGUGCCGUGUAUUUUGGGUGAAAGCUGCAGUAAAACUAUAAACUAUGGUUUGGAUUCUGGGCGUCAGGAUGCGAUGCUGGUUGGGACCUUUCGUUUGCUUACUUUCUGUCAAGAAUAAUUGCCUAAAUGUAAGGGAAAAAAUGGGCUUUUCCAGUUAAACUUACUCCUAAAAAUAACAUUUUCUUCUGAGAUUUUCGCCUAAAAGUGGACAGAACUGCUACAUGAAGGUGUUUUUUCUAAAAAAAACUUUAUUCAGAUAUUAUUAACAUACCAUAAAAUUAACCAGUUGAAGAUUUGUUUUUUCAAAUAACCUUUUUCUGAAUAUAAUAAAAAUAGUCAAGCACUUUACAUAUGUUACCAAAUACAAUAAUGCUAUCACCUGAGGCUGUUUUACGUGUGAGGAAACGUUUAAGGAACUUGUCCAAAAUCACACUGCCAGUAAUGAGAGCAACUUGGAUUUGAAUGACUGUGUAAUCCAGGAAUCUAAACUGCUGUGCAUAUGUUUAAUAGAAAAUUUUCAAAGUGCGUAGAAGAAAAAAUUCAGUCCCGUUACACAGAGCAAUCCUGGUUCACAUUUAUUUUUUCAGUCUUUAUAUGCAUAUACUUUUUGAAAAUAUAUUGAGGUUAUAUGGAUAAAUAGAAUUUAGAGCCAAAAGCUCUAACAUUUAAAGUUCCUGAUGCAUAUUGCCAAAUGGCUUUCCACAAAGGUAGUAAAAUGGCAAGACUAAUGUAUGAGUGCCAAUCUCAUUUGCUAGCGUUGAAUGUUCUUUUCAUUAACGAAAAAUAACGUUUUAUUAAUUAUAUGGUUCACUUUUUUUUUUCUUUUUUUUUUUCGGUGUGGAAGGUUGGCCCUGAGCUAACAUCUGUGCCAGUCCUCCUCUAUUUUGUGUGUGGGUUGCUGCCACAGCGUGGCUUGAUGUGUGGUGUACGUGGGUGCCUGGGAUCCAACCCAUGAACCCUGGGCUGCUGAAGCAGAGUGCGCUGAACUUAACCACUGUGUGACCCGGCCAGCCCCAUGGUUUACAUUUUUAACAUCUUCCAAUAGUACAUGGCAGCUUUGGUGCAGAUGUUGAUUUUUUUUUUAUUCCUUGCUCCUAACGAAGAUCCUGACACAUGAUAGUUGACUAACCAAGCUGAACUAUCUUAUUAAUAGGUCAUAUUCUUGUUGGUAUAUAAAUACUUGUUGAAUGCUUUUUAUAGCUCACAGAAAUGUCUCUGGUGCAUAGGGGCAAUUUAGUAUCUCUAAACUUUUAUUUUCAUACCUGGAAAUGGUGACAACUAAUGCUGUUUAGGAGAAAGAUGAGGGAAGAGGGCGCAAGGGACCUGCUUAAUACAACUGCUUCUAUUGCUCUGAUCUCUAAGUCAGAAACUGUCUUUGUCUUUGGAGUCUAAAAAAAUAACUAACUUGAAUCUCAGAGAAGCAAAAGGAUAUUUAAAAUAAAACCUUGGAUCUGAAGAAAUGGAAGACAAUUCAUGAGGAGAGAGAUGUUUUAAUGUACAGUUAAUUGUAUUUAAUUUUUAAAACAAUCUUGUGAAAUAGAUACCCCUACUAUACAGGAUAGAAACAAGCUCAGAAAUGUCAGCAACAUUCUCAUGUUCACACAGCUAAUAAACCGUAAAGGUAGAAUUCAGGACUAGA